GGUGGGGGCACAGGCAGAGAGAUUUAUUUCCACAGCUGACAUUUAAGCUCCCGUCCCACACUCGUUUUUGGAGGUGAGAGGGACUAAGAGAGGAAAGAAGUGAAAGACUCAGAGAAAGAAAGUGGACAAAUUAAACAGACAAUAUGGACACCUUGGCUUUAGAGGCCACGCAGCCCAAAAAGGCUCAGAACGGAGCCGUGGCACUACUACCCGGACCCCCCACCCCUGCCAAACGCAAACCUGCUAAAAAGACUAAGAAAGCUGUGGUCUUUUUCGAGGUGGAGAUUCUGGACGCCAAGACGAAGGACAAGCUCUGCUUCCUGGACAAGGUCGAGCCCAAUGCCACCAUCGGGGAAAUCAAGUCCAUGUUCCACAAGAGUCACCCUCAGUGGUAUCCGGCCCGGCAAUCCAUUCGUUUGGAUCCCAAGGGGAAAUCUUUGAAGGACGAGGACGUGCUGCAGCAUCUGCCUGUGGGAACCACAGCCACCUUCUACUUCAGAGACCUGGGGGCCCAGAUCAGCUGGGUCACGGUGUUUCUGACAGAGUACGCCGGCCCGCUGCUCAUCUAUCUCAUGUUUUACUUCCGAGUCCCGUUUAUUUAUGCACCUAAAUACGACUUCACCACCAGCAAACACUGGGUCGUACAUUUGGCGUGCAUGUGUCACUCCUUCCACUACGUGAAGAGACUCCUGGAAACACUGUUUGUCCAUCGCUUCUCGCACGGGACUAUGCCUCUCCGCAACAUCUUCAAGAACUGCACGUAUUACUGGGGAUUUGCAGCUUGGAUGGCUUAUUACAUCAACCACCCGCUCUACACACCACCCACCUACGGCGAGCAGCAGAUCAGACUGGCCCUGACCGUCUUCCUGUUCUGUCAGAUCGGAAACUUCUCCAUCCACAUUGCUCUGAGAAAUCUCCGACCGCCCGGAUCUAAGACCAGGAAGAUCCCAUACCCGACGAAAAACCCCUUUACUUGGAUCUUCCUGCUGGUCUCCUGCCCCAACUACACGUAUGAGCUGGGCUCGUGGCUGGGCUUCACUCUGAUGACCCAGUGUCUGCCCGUGGCCUUCUUCACGCUGGUGGGCUUCAUUCAGAUGACGGUGUGGGCGAAAGGAAAGCACCGCAGCUAUCUGAAGGAGUUUCGCGACUACCCCACGCUCCGCUCGCCCAUCCUGCCCUUCAUCCUGUAGGACAGAGUCACGCAGUGUUCCCCUCGUCUUUUUAACCUUUUCCUCUUCUCUCGUCCUCCCCUUCUCAUCUCUUUUAUACUGUGUCCAUGUCCCGCCUGCAUUCGUUUCACAUGCGUGUUUCCUGCGUUUGAUCAUCUCCUGGAGGAUCUCCUGACUCUGGAGAAUAAAGUCAGCUCAGAUCCAGAACCUGCAGAAGCUUGGCUCUAAUGGCUCCACAUCGCCCUCUGUGGGCUGGAUGAUGUCCUUCAUCUGGAGAAACCUCGAGAGCACGUCCGGAUCACAAUCCAGUCACUCAAAAGAAAUAAGAACUUUUGCACACAGAAAACAGAGCACAUUUUAGGACCAUGAUUAAACACCCUUUCAUGUGUCUGGACAAUGCCAAUUUCCCCCCGUAACAUUAAUGAAGGGAAAUUGAAAUGUCAAUACCAAUCCUUUAACAGUCUUUAAUAGUCAUCUACUUACAGCAAAAUCAUUUCCCCCAGACAUGGACGUUUCUUCAUUAGAUCCUCAUGUAACAUCUUAAAGAGGUAGUUCACCUAAAAUUUAAAGUCAUUUACUCACCU